CCGAUUAAAAUGAGACACGACAGAGCUCGGCUACAUCCACUUACUUUUGCCCUAUAUCUAGCGAGUUCUCAAAACCUUCUAGUAACUCUAUUUCAAAACAGCGAUUAGCAACAAAUCUACCUACUUUUUCUAGUUAUUGGAGAGUUUUGGAAGUUGACGUGAAAGCACGUUUAAUUCUUCUCCACGAGCAGCGCAUCCGCCCCUCCGUUCAGAAGCGCCCAGAGUCAGAGCAGGAGACCUUCACUUCUACUCCAUGACCAGGCUGAAAAUGAAACGCGCCGAGCUGACACUGGCUCAUCUCUCUCUAGCUUACCGUCAUAUUUUAAUAUCUGUUAUUAAAGAGUGUGGAUAUAUGAGGCAUGAAGAACCUGAUUAUGAAAAAGAACAGUUGUCUGUACAUAUGUUGUGGAAUAAUGAAUACAACGUUGCACAUUAUCUGACAUUUAUUAGCUAGUCAUAUUUAGAUACUUAAAGUAAUGCUAGAUUCUUUUUAUUUUUAAGUUAUCUAAGUUACUGCUUUUAAAGAAUUUUAUCUAAAAAUCUUAUAUAUUUGUUAGCCUACUUCUAGCGAACUAAAGAGAAUAAUUUAACAGUUUUAUCAAUGAAAAAUAACACACGACUUGAUCAAAUCACAUUAAUUUUUAUGGCUGAAACUCAUAAAUCAGAAGUCAUUAUAUUCUCACAAUUUCUCCUUCUCUACUUGGUAAUCUCAGACAGCAUAAGUUAACUUUUGGUCAUGGACAAAGGUUGAGUCCCUCCCAUUGCUGUCUUAACUUAUUGUUUUUGCUGUGUAGCCAUUUUCUGAAGUCUACUAGGAGCAAGUAGGGAGCAAAUGAAGCAGCAAAGAUUCACUCAAUAGUUCAAACCGUGAAUAUGGCACAUAUGUCCCAAUUGUCAUCAGAUGGAGAAAUAAUGGAAGCACCGCUCCGUGACCUGAGUGAGCCACUUAUUGACCAUGAAGAGGGCCAGCUCUUCUUGAAUGAAGCCUUCAACAUUAUUGUGGAAGAGGUGCUCUGCAAGGGCACAGAUGUCAAACAUAAGGUGUGUGAGUGGAAAGAGCCUGACGAGCUGGCUCUACUUCUGGAUCUGGAGUUGAGAGAGGCAGGGGAGCCUCAGGACCGGCUUCUUCAUAGAGUAAGAGAUGUCGCCAAGUACAGCAUUAAGACAAGUCACCCACGUUUCUUUAAUCAGCAAUUUGCGGGCGUAGACUAUCAUUCCCUUGCUGGACGUUUCCUCACCGAGGCUCUCAACACUAACCUCUUCACUUAUGAAGUAGCACCUGUCUUUGUGCUGAUGGAGGGAGAAGUUCUAAGAGCGUUACGUCAGCUGGUGGGCUGGACAGAAGGUGAUGGCAUUUUCUGCCCUGGGGGGUCCACAUCAAACAUGUAUGCCAUGAACCUUGCACGCUACAGACUCUUCCCACAGAUCAAAAGCCAGGGGCUGUGGAGUCUCCCACGUUUGGCCAUCUUUACAUCUCCAGAGAGCCAUUACUCUGUGAAGAAAGGAGCUGCCUUUCUGGGUGUUGGUACAGACAAUGUCAUCCUGGUCAAAGUGGAUAAUGGAGGUCGUAUGAUUCCGGAGGACCUGGAUGAAAAGAUAGAGUUGUCUAAAUCUCAGGGUGCAGUACCAUUCCUUGUAAGCUGCACAUCAGGCACCACCGUCCAGGGUGCCUUUGACCCACUGGAUCGCAUUGCUGAUGUUUGUGACAAACACAAACUCUGGAUGCACGUUGAUGCUGCCUGGGGAGGAAGUGUACUCUUUUCCAAGACACACAAACAUCUAAUGAAAGGAGUUGAGAGAGCAAAUUCAGUAGCUUGGAAUCCACACAAGAUGCUGGUGGCUGGCCUGCAGUGCUCUGCCUUGCUGCUAAAAGAUACCACGAACUUGCUGAAGCAGUGCCACAGCACCAACGCUUCAUAUCUCUUCCAGCAAGACAAAUUCUAUGACGUGAACCUGGACAUUGGGGACAAAUCUGUCCAGUGCAGUCGCAAGGUGGAUUGUCUGAAGUUGUGGUUGAUGUGGAAAGCUGUUGGCUCUACUGGCUUGGAACAGCGUGUUGACAAGGCUUUUCUCCAUGUGAGAUAUUUGGUGGAGCAGAUGAAGAAAAGACCUGGAUUUCAGCUUUUGAGCAUGCCAGAGUUUGUGAACGUGUGCUUUUGGUUCAUACCACCUUGUCUAAGAGGGAAGGAGGGAAAUGCAGAUUACCAGAAUAGGCUGGCAAAAGUAGCACCAAUCAUCAAGGAACGCAUGAUGAAACAAGGCACUAUGAUGGUGGGCUACCAACCACUUGGAAAUAAGGUUAAUUUUUUUCGUGUGACUGUGUUUUCUCCACUUGUAUCCCAGAAAGACAUGGAUUUCUUCCUGGAUGAAAUUGAAAGGUUGGGAAAUGAUUUGUAAUCAAUUCACAAUUUUUAAAUGUAAGGACGUUGUCCUACUUUUGUCUGACUUGUGUACGAACUCCACCAUUAUAAUGUUACAAAUUGUUGCAAGCAAGUAAACCUUGUUGUUCCACUAGAUUGUAGAUUUAACUUCUAGGUAUUUAAACGGGUAUCACAAUAUAUCAAGAUGAAAAUGUAGCUGAAUGAAUAAACAAAUAAAAAGUCCUUGAUCUUA